AUCCCUCCCGACCCAAAGAUUCCUUCCUUUCCUCCCCCGUCCUCGUCCUCACCCCGCAUCUCCAUCCACCGCCGCGCGCGCCGCCGUGCCGGCAGGUUUUCCCCACCAUCCCCGUCUUCCUUGCGUGCGUCCUCCACUUCCUCCGCCAUGCAAUCACUCGAUUCCCGACCACGCAGCUAACCGCCACCACUACUCUAUUCCUUCCUCCUCGCCGCGCAACGUUUCUUUAAGGUCUCGCGCACCUUGCAGCGGGUACGACUCCGUCCAUAGUUUAAUCGGAGAGGAGGAGGAACCGUCCAAUCGCACACCGCGACCGACCGACGAUGGAGGCCUGCUGCUGCUCGUCGUCGUCGGCGCCGUCCGCGUCCAUCCUCGCCGCCACGGGCGCCGGCCUCCGCUGCCGCUUCCCCCCGUCCGCGUCCUCAGCCGCGGCGGCCGGCGGGAGGGCGGUGGCGCUCGCGCGCCCGCUCCGCGCGUCCCCGUCCCCGCUUUCCGCAACCACGACACCGGCCCGGCGCGGGCAGCAGCGGCGCGGGGCCGUCGUCAGGGCGGUGUUCGAGCGCUUCACCGAGCGGGCGGUCAAGGCGGUGGUGCACUCGCAGCGGGAGGCGCGCGGGAUGGGGGACGAGGCGGUCGCGCCGCACCACCUGCUGCUGGGCCUCGUCGCCGAGGACCGCUCCGCCGCGGGCUUCCUCGGCCCGGCCCUCCGGAUCGACCGCGCACGCGACGCCUGCCGCGCCGCAGUCGGGAAGCGCGGGCCCGCGCAGCCGGCCACGGGGCUCGCCACGGACGUGCCAUUCUCGGCCGCCAGCAAGCGCGUCUUCGUCAACGCCGUCGAGUUCUCCAAGAACAUGGGGUGCAACUUCAUCUCCCCGGACCACAUUGCGCUCGGCCUCCUCGACCUGGAUGACGCCACCACCAACAACAUCCUCAAGAGCUUAGGAGUAGAACCAACUCAGCUAGCAAAGCAGGCGCUUGCCCGAGUCAAAGGGGAGCUUGCCAAGGAUGGCAGGGAGCCUCUGGGGUUAUCUUCUUUCAGACUGCGUGAUAAAUCUACUGCUGGAAAUGGGAGGUCUGCAAUUGUCAAAUACACAAACAAAAAGAAAGAGAAGAGUGCACUAGCUCUAUUUUGUGUAGAUUUGACCAUGCGAGCCAGCGGUGGAUUAAUCGAUCCUGUCAUUGGCCGCAAGAAGGAGAUUGAAAGAGUAGUUCAGAUUAUAUGCCGGCGCACAAAGAACAAUCCUAUUCUUUUGGGUGAAGCCGGCGUUGGUAAAACUGCCAUUGCUGAGGGGUUGGCUCUUAAGAUUGCUAACGGAGAUGUGCCUAUUUUUCUUGUGGGAAGACGUAUAUUGUCAUUAGAUGUUGCCUUACUGAUGGCUGGUGCAAAAGAGAGGGGCGAACUAGAAGCCAGGGUUACUAGUUUAAUACGUGAAGUGCGCAAAGCAGGUGAUGUUAUUCUUUUCAUCGACGAGGUUCAUACUCUUAUUGGAUCUGGAAUUGCCGGAAGAGGUAGUAAGGGAGCUGGUCUUGAUAUUGCUAAUCUGCUGAAACCUGCACUUGCUAGAGGUGAAUUGCAGUGCAUUGCAUCUACAACUCUGGAUGAACACCGUUUGCAUUUCGAGAAGGAUAAGGCUUUGGCUCGCCGGUUUCAGCCAGUAUAUGUAAAUGAGCCUAGUCAGGAGGAUGCUGUGAAAAUUCUACUUGGUCUUCGUGAAAAGUAUGAGACUUACCACAAAUGCAAAUACACCUUAGAAGGCAUCAAUGCAGCGGUUUAUUUAUCUGCGAGAUAUAUCCCUGACAGACAUCUUCCUGAUAAGGCAAUUGAUCUAAUUGAUGAAGCUGGUAGCAGAGCUCGGAUGGAAUCAUUUAAAAGGAAGAAAGAAGAGCAGUGCUCUAUAAUUUCGAAGUCACCAGAUGAAUAUUGGCGAGAGAUUAGAGCUGUCCAGGCCAUGCAUGAUGUGGCACUGACUAACAGGGUGAAAUAUUCUCUGAAUGAAAAUGACCAAGAGAAUGAAGUUAAUAUUGAAGUACUGGAUGAUGAAAAGACAAGUCCAACAUCAACACUGUCAGCUUCAGCUGAUGAGCCAUCUAUGAUUGGAUCAGAGGAAAUUGCAAGAGUCACAUCAUUGUGGUCGGGCAUACCAGUCCAGCAAUUGACUGCAGAUGAAAGAAAGCUUCUAGUAGGACUAGAUGAUGAACUCAGAAAGCGUGUCAUAGGUCAAGAUGAUGCUGUUGUGGCGAUAUCAAGAGCUGUGAAGAGAUCACGCGCUGGCAUGAGCGAUCCUGACAGACCUAUUGCUACUCUACUUUUCUGCGGUCCAACAGGAGUAGGAAAGACUGAGUUAACCAAAGCUCUGGCAGCAACUUAUUUUGGAUCUGAGUCAGCUAUGGUUAGAUUAGAUAUGAGUGAGUACAUGGAGCGGCACACUGUGAGCAAGCUGAUAGGCUCUCCUCCAGGGUACAUGGGAUUUGGUGAAGGUGGUACUUUGACAGAAGCAGUCAGAAGAAAACCAUUUACUGUAGUAUUGCUUGACGAAAUAGAGAAAGCUCAUCCUGAUAUUUUCAAUAUUCUUCUCCAAGUAUUUGAAGAUGGUCAUUUGUCUGACUCACAGGGCCGCAGAGUUUCCUUCAAGAAUACAUUAAUUGUCAUGACAUCCAACAUUGGUUCUGCAUCGAUAUCCAAAGGAAGGAUGGCCAUAGGUUUCCAAACGCUGAAUGAUACAGAAGAAAACACAUAUACUGUGAUGAAAUCCUUGGUAAUGGAAGAAUUGAAGGCAUUUUUUCGGCCUGAAUUGCUCAAUAGAAUGGAUGAGGUGGUUGUGUUCCGUCCACUUGAGAAGAAUCAGAUGCUCGCUAUCCUCAAUAUAAUUCUGCAAGAGGUGAAGGGUAGGCUUUUGGCCCUCGGUAUCGGCUUAGAAGUAUCUGAUGCAAUGAAGGACAUGAUUAUUCAGCAAGGAUACGACAAGAGCUAUGGUGCGCGGCCACUGAGAAGGGCCGUCACCCAGUUCGUUGAAGAUGUCAUCAGUGAAGCAAUUCUCUCUGGGCAUUACAAGCCUGGCGAUACCAUAACCAUGGACACUGAUGACAAGGGGAAACCUUGCUUGAGUCGGAUGAACGAUCAGACUGUUCAAUUGUCUGAUCCCACGCCAACACUUUAAAAGCUCAAGCCCCCAAUGUAUAGUAGAAGCUUAUUAUGUUGCUGUCGAUAAGCUUCUUGAUUCUUUUGUGCAUAGUCUCCAUAGUUCAUGUACAUAGCCUCCAAGUGAUGGGAGUUUCUCCCUGAAUAUAAUGUAAAUUGAGGUCUUACAACACCUGUACAUACUUGUUUCAUUUCUAACAUAUAUGUACAUUGCUUAUGUCAGACUGGAAUAUACACAUUCUGUAA